ACGAUGUUUGCCACAUAAGCCUUUCAGAAAUGUUUGUGUGAAAUUUCUUAUUGUAACAUGAACCAAUGGACAAUGGUAACAACGUGUAUGUCAGAAUUCAUCGUUGCCUCUUCUAUCAGACUUGUAGUAAGGUCAAGCUUUUUGCAGAGUUUUAUCUUAUUUUGAAAUUACGGGAUGUAUUGAAUUAACUUUUUAACAUAAAUUUGAGAGUCCCAGUCUUGACGUUCUUCUGAAGCACUCCAUGUUGUGUCACUAUCAAGGUUGCACUUGUCCAUUGCCCUGUCUCUAUCCUGAGUAUAUGUGUGAUAGGUAGUUAGCCAAGCAAUCUAGUAGUUUUCAUCAUUGUGGUAUGCAUUCUUAUUUGGGCAUGUACUACUAUUCUCAUAUUUCUUUAUUAAGAUGUUUUCAACAGCUUUAGUGUAAUAAGUAUAUGUACUACCUCUGAGAGGUAGUGUGGUUUCUUUUUCAUCACAGUGUUUAACAUGUGACUUUUUUCAGGUAAAAGUUCUGACAAUGUUGAUAUAUGGCAUGUUUGAUAUAUUGGUAGCAUAAUGAUUAGGGCAUAGAUCUUUACCUAGCCUUGUGUUGCUUACAUGUGUGUAUGCACGUUUGUGCUUGUAGUAAUGCAAGAGAUUUAAGCUCAAAUCCUGGAAUUAUCAGUGAAAGUAUUGUUUCUAUGUUUCAGAUUCAGGCUAGAGUUCUAAAGGACUUAAAUUGAUAAAUAGUGAAUUUCCCCUUUUAAUCUGUUUUCUACAGGUAAAAUGGCGAGAAGGAGGGUAACCCCUCAGAGUGUAGCAGAGCAACAUGUCAUCAGUGGCACAGACCAGACUGCCAUGUUGGAUGUUAAAUACAUAAACCCCACUAAAGGCAGGGGUGUAUUUGCCCUGUCGCCUUUUCAAAAAAGGGAUUUUGUGGUCGAAUAUAGAGGACAACUUAUUGACCUUGAGGAAUCAGAGAGGGGGAGGAGGAUAUAUAAUGCAAAAUGCUUGGGCUUCAUGUUCGACUUCAUGUGGCAUGGAAAGAAAUGGUGCAUUGAUGCUGCGAUGGAAGACGGCUCAUUGGGAAGGCUGGUCAACGAUGAUCAUGUCCAUCCUAACUGUAGGAUGAAAAGGAUAUUAGUUGGUAGAAAGCCACACCUCUGCCUGUUCGCUGUUAGAGACAUACACAGUGGAGAGGAGAUUACUUAUGACUACGGAGAUGACAAUUGGCCAUGGAGAGAAAAGGCUGAUGGAGACUCUCCUGACGAAGCUGUGGAGAACCCAGUGAUGCAACAGGAAGAGGUUUCACCCCCCAGCUUGCAGGCUGAUGGCGACUCUCCUAACGAAGCUGUGGAGAACCCAGUGAUGCAACAGGAAGAGGUUUCACCCCCCAGCUUGCAGGCUGAUGGAGACUCUCCUAACGAAGCUGUGGAGAACCCAGUGAUGCAACAGGAAGAGGUCUCACCCCCCAGCUUGCAGAGUGGCAGUGGAGACUCCUUUGUCAAGGAUUUAGAGAAUAGUUCCUUUGUAUGCAGCUCCAGCAUGGUGUUGCAACACAAAAAGGUUUUUGAAAAAGCCAAGUCCACCUUGGUAACCUACUCAGACUCCAGCGAAUCAGCCAUCAGUUCCAGCACUAAAGAAGAUGUUCCCCCAUCCACCAUGCAGAGCAAAGAGAAGAUUCCUUUUGGGCUUGAUCUUUCUGACUCCAGUAUGAAACAUGGAGAGGAUGAUGCUCGACAAAUGAUUGUGCCAAGGCUUAGGAGGACCAAAAGCAUCUUUUGUGAAGUUUGAAACAGACAUCUUCUGGUUGGUGGGCGACCACUCAACCUACUGCACCGCUGCCUCCACCCUUCUAAAGUUCCUCUGCUCAUUCGUUUCCAUUGACAUAUAGUGACGUGUGUGUGAGGGGACAGUGGGUACUCACUAGGCGCCGCUGAGGUGGCUCAUGGUGAGGAAGGGGUGCUCGAGCACUUCCUUGGGGCUGAUCCUCGUCUCUGGGUUGAGGUCCAGCAUACGUAUGAGCAGGUUGACAAAGACGGCCCGGUCGUGCUUCUCUGUGGGGGUACAGGAGGCCAGAGGGCCCCGGGGGUCUCUCUGAAACACACACACACACAAAGGGUCACAUCUGCACCUGUGGCUCUACUUUACAAUGUUACAAUCACAAGUGUGACAUCAACUGCCCCAACCAUAUGUGAGCUGAAUCUAUCAACACAACUGUGGCUGGAGGUGGGGAUGUACCUUGCUCAGGAGCACUACAACACUAGUGUGAAGCAGCAGCACUUGAGUCGGUGGCCAACACCUCUUUUGUUUUUCAAAACCCUAA